CCCCUCUCCCCCUCUCCCUCGCUCUCCCCAAACCCGCAAACCCCUCGCGGCCGCCGCAGGAAGCCGCGGCGAUGGGCGACUACGGCAGCGCGAUGACGCGGGGCAACCCGGACGGCGGCUCGCAGGGCCGCCCAAAGGGAGUGCCCCGCGCCAACGUCCAGCAGCUCAAGCUCAUGGGGCAGGGCCACCCGACGGGCCUCACGCCGAACCUGCUCAAGCUGUUCGAGGCGCGGCCUAUGCUCGAGCACAAGCCGCCCGUCCAGAAGCGCAAGUUGCCGGCCUACACGGGGAUGGCGCAGUUUGUGUCGCGGUUUGCCGAGCCUGGCGACCCAGAGUAUGCGCCGCCUGUCCCAACGUGUGAGACUAAGGCCGAAAAGAAGGAUAGAAUCAGGAAACUUAAGCUUGAGCAAGGGGCAGAUAAGGUCGCCAAAGAGCUUCAGAACUAUGACCCACAAAGUGACCCCAAUACCACUUCAGAUCCAUACAAAACACUCUUCGUUGCAAGACUUAAUUAUGAGACAUCUGAGAGCAGGGUUAAGCGGGAGUUUGAAGCCUAUGGGCCUAUUAAAAGGGUACGGCUCGUAACUGACAAGGAUACAAAUAAACCUAGAGGAUAUGCAUUCAUAGAGUAUAUGCAUACUCGGGAUAUGAAAAAUGCUUACAAGCAAGCUGAUGGGAGAAAAGUGGACAAUAAGAGGGUAAUAGUUGAUGUGGAACGUGGUAGAACUGUCCCUAAUUGGCGUCCCAGGAGAUUAGGCGGUGGACUUGGAUCAAGCAGAAUUUGUGGUGCAAGUGCUGACCAGAAGCCGCCUGCCAGGGAGCCAUCGAGUGUUGGGCGUCCCAGAUCAGAAGAACCUAAGAGGGGUGAUUCCCGUGUAGAUAGAGAUCGGGAGAAGUCUCGUGAUAAGGUACGGGAAAGAGACCGCGAUGAAAAUCCCCGUGAGCGUUCUCAUGACAGAAUACGUGAGCGUGAUUCAAGGGAAGAGAGGCACCACCAUAGAGAUCGGGACAGGACUCGGGACAGGGACCGAGGAAGGGACCGGGAAAAAGACCAUGGGCGUGACCGUGACCGUGAUCGUCGGGACAGAGAUAGGGAUAGGGACCGUGGUAGGGAUCAUGAUAGGGAGAAGGAUCGUGGCCUCUCUCAUGAUCGUCACCGUGAGAGAGGCAGGGAUCGCGAAAGAGAUCAUGAGCGUGCAAGUUACGAACGUGAUCGCGCUCACUUGAAGGAUAGGGAUUCUGAAUACAAUGGUGAACCAAAGCAUGACAGGAGCAUGGCUGAUUAUGGGAAGCAUUAUGGCUCUAACCAGUAUGAGCAACACAAUAGUUACGGGUCGUAUCGCUAUCAAGUUCAAGGCGGGCAUGGGCAUGAAACUGAAAGCUCAAAGGGACAUGAGCAUGAAUACUAUCAGGCACAACCCAACACAGAACCUGAAGGCCCUGAAGAAGGUGAGGCAUACGAGGAAGGUGACUACCAGUAUCACCAAGCAGCAGAAGAGCAAAAGACUGAAGCUUGAUCACUGCAAUGCUUUAGUUUUCGUGGGUGUGCUUUUCCGAAGGGAGGCACAAAGCAUGUCAACUUGCUGGCUCGGAUAUGUGAUAUUUUGUUUUAUUCUAGUUGUCAUCAGUGCAAAUGUGGUAGCGAUCGCUCCCUACUCCUUAGUUUUUGCUUUGUAUGACAGACUGUAUUAACUAUUUUGGUUACCCCCCACCCACACUCCCACACACAUUUCCUAUUCCGCCCUAUCAACAGCUAUCUUUUUUGUUCUGUUAUAUGGAUUUUUGUUUGAGCACUUUUGGCUAAGUUAAGGUAUCUUGAGUCUCCUGUAAUUUUUACUUCAAAUUAAUCAAUUGUUGGCGAGGACGCCAUCUCUUAUA